GGCCGGUCUCGCCGGGACUGGCGCCGGAAGUGACGACAUCGGGAGCCGGCGGUCGGCAUGGCGCAGAGAGUCCUGUACCCCCUGUACCAGCGAGGGAACCCCCAGCUGCGGGUCUUCCGGACCAACUUCUUCGUGCAGCUGGUGAGGCCUGGGAAGGAGCAGCCGGAGGACACCGUCCAGUUCCGCAUCCCCAUGACGAUGACCCGGAUCGACAUGAGGAAUUAUCUCCAGACCAUCUACAAGGUUCCCGUGGCCACAGUGAGGACCAGGAUUCAGUUUGGCUCCAAUAAGAAGAGGGAUCACAGGAACCAACGGGUGAAGCAGCCGGACUACAAGGUGGCCUACGUCCAGCUGGCUCACGGGCAGACCUUCGCCUUCCCGGACCUGUUUCCCAAGAAGGAGCCCCACACGGAGCCCGGCUCCUUCGCGGAGAUCCAGAGCCGGCUCACGGACGAAGAGCGGCAGAAGCAGAAGGCCGACCCCCGCUGGGGCGGGGUCCCCCGCUGGUUCAGGCUGUGAGGAACACCGGACAGGGGCCCGGGGAGCCCGGGACCCCUCUCCCUUUCCCCCACCCCCCAACCGAGGGGUCCCGGUCCCGCCUCCCGAACCUCGGGGAGGUGGGGGGCUUGCGUCAACACCCAUUAAAAACGUCUCCGGAGAAGACCACCGAGCUUUACCACGCGGGGAGGCUGGGGCUGUGGUGGGG